AUGAGUAUUAGUUUUGCAACUAAGUCCAUUAUAUUGAAAGGACAACCUGUCAAGAUAAUACUUCCGAAUGCAAAGAGUCCCGGUGCAUUAGCGGCAUUAGCCAAUACCCUACUUUUAAAUCCCAAUCAAACUGGAAACGAUAGGAUAAAGAAACUGUUAAAGUUGGUUCAAAGAAAUUAUGUAAUAGAACGGGACUUGGAACAAGCUUUGGCAAGUAUAGGUAGUAAAUGCUCUGACGGUGAAAUUUUAGUAGAUGAAUUAGGGAAGAAGUUGGCUGAAAUUAAUAUUCACAAUUCGCAUGGCGCUAACAGUAGAGUAAGGCAAUUGGCACAAGUACUACCAUCACUUAACGAUGUCGAUCCUGUUUUUGAUGGAACCUUUAAGGAUGCAUCUAAAACGGAUAUUUUCCAUUUAUAUGGUGUCAAUUUAUUGCACGGUUGGAUUAUCGACAGUAAGGAACAUCCUCAAACUUAUGAAAAGAUAUCUAAGCUAUCAUACAAAGAGGCUCAAAAUGAAAUAAAGUCAAAGGGCUCUAUGACAAAUCAUAUCAAUUGCUUUUUCGAUAGGUCAGACACUCAAUUGACAGAGAAAGGGCUCGAGCAUUUGAGAACAUCAGUAAAGGAAGGUUCAUUCGCCAUUUUGUUUCGAUACGAUAGAUUCUACACUUUACACAAGGAAAAGGGUGAGCUGUUGUACUUGGUAGUGGAUAAGGAUCUCCCAGGAGUAGUUUGGCAUUCGUUAAGAUCUGUCGAUGGUGUAAAUGACACCUUUUAUUCCGGUGAUUUUAAAGCAGUUGAUGAUGAAUUGACUAAAAAUGUUCAGGACUGGAUAGACACGACAAUUGCAUCGGUAUACGAACCAUACAGAUCCAAGAUUGAAGUUGAGAUGAAAUACGGUAUAAUGAUAGAUCCCAAGACAAAGAAAAGAGUUACAUUACCGACGUCUAUACCGACUAUCUAUAGAGGUCGUGUAAAGAUGAAACCAAACGUGGAUAAAGAAGUUUUCCAAGAAUUUAAGGAGUAUAUGAAAUUUGCAUAUGAAGGUCGUGGUAUUUCAUCAGCAACACAAGAUUCCUUGUAUCGAGUCAACAUUGGCUUUCAAAAGACAAGAUUUCUAAGGAAAAGUAUUGAUUUACAAACCCGUGCUGUAGAGGAAAUUAUCGAAAAGAAGCCCGUUGCUAGUCUCUUCAUUCACAGACCAAAGGAUUCAUACGAUAUGAAGUUGUCCAUAAAUUUGGAGCUACCUAUAGUGAAAAAAGGAAUCCUGAAGAAUUGUAAAAGGCCCAUCAACAUAAGACAAAAACAUAGAAUCAGUUAUUUUAAAGACCAUUCAGAUUGUCGAAUUGAUAUUACCGAUGUACAGAGAAAGACGAACGACACCAGGGUUGAUAAUGGGGAGAAAGUGGAAACUACUCGUGAAAUCGAAGUUGAAAUGUUUGCACCAGAUUUACUACUGGGAUGGGAAGUUAAAAAUGAGGAGAGUUUCCUUUUCAAUCAAUUCGUAAGAAUUCUUCUAAACACUACUAGUACUAUAAAUGAGGAACUGUCAUAUUUAUCUAAAAAUUUGGGAAAUCAGUAA